GGCACACACACUGUCGCUCUCCCCUGCACACACACACAUACACACACACGCACACACAUGCGCGGCACGCACACAAAUCCACACACUGAGCCUGAGACGGAGAGAGAGGACUAGAGAGCGAGAAGGGGAAAAGAAUGAGGAAGAACUCGCACGCACCUUUUCGUCCUCCCAAACACAGAUUUGCUGAUAAAGCAUCAGUUAUCUGAUCUUCGUUUACAACCGGUGGUGGAAAAUAUACGGAGUGUAUGGGAAUCUGGGAGUGAUUCCUCGUACUCGGAAGGGUAUCUCUAUCUCUCCUUCAUCUCGUAUAAAAACGCUAAGCGAAUGCGAGCUGCUACUCUGCCGCUGUCUGUACGCAUUCGCGCGCCUUCCUUCUCGCCACUAAACUGCUGAGUUUCUCCGGGAUUCUACGCGAACCCCAACCCCGAGGUUUUGAACAUACACUGUAGGUCUUAGAAACAUGAAGUGCUUUGAGGUUUCUCCCUUUACGUCUCUGGGCUUGAGGUGUGUGGUCCUUGCCGCUGUCUUGUGCUGUACGAUGCAGUACGUCACAGCAGAGAGUGAAGUCCACAGCACCUCAGGACACCCGGUCAAGUCAAAAAACAACACCUGUGGCGAAAUCGUGGUGUGCAACAAGGGCGUCGUGCUGCCCGUCUGGCUUCCCCGAAACCCCUCGUUUGGCGACAAAGUGGCAAGGGCCACCGUUUACUUUGUGGCGCUGGUCUACAUGUUCCUGGGCGUCUCCAUCAUUGCGGACCGCUUCAUGGCCUCCAUCGAGGUCAUCACGUCCCAAGAGAGGGAGAUCACCAUCAAGAAACCCAACGGCGAGACCACCACCACCACCGUGAGGAUCUGGAAUGAGACCGUGUCCAACCUGACCCUAAUGGCCCUGGGUUCCUCCGCCCCGGAGAUCCUGCUGUCCGUCAUCGAGGUGUGCGGCCACGGCUUCGACGCCGGCGAGCUUGGCCCCUCCACCAUCGUGGGCAGCGCGGCCUUCAACAUGUUCGUCAUCAUCGGCAUCUGCGUGUACGUGGUGCCGGACGGCGAGGUGCGCAAGGUCAAGCACCUGCGCGUCUUCUUCGUCACGGCCUCCUGGAGCAUCUUCGCCUACCUGUGGCUCUAUCUGAUCCUGGACGUCAUCUCGCCCGGCGUGGUGCAGGUGUGGGAGGGCCUGCUCACCCUCUUCUUCUUCCCCAUCUGCGUGCUGUUCGCCUGGAUCGCCGACCGACGCCUGCUCUUCUACAAGUACGUCUACAAGCGCUACCGCACCGGCAAGCACCGCGGCAUGAUCAUCGAGACCGAGGGCGACCGCCCGCUUCCCUCCAAGGUGGACAUCGAGAUGGACGGCAAGAUGCUCAACUCCUCCCACGCCAACGUGGACUUCCUGGACGGCACGCUGGCGGCCCUGGACCUGGAGGGAAAGGACCUGGACGAGGAGGAGGCGCGCCGGGAAAUGGCAAAGAUCCUCAAGGAGCUCAAGCAGAAGCACCCGGACAAGGAGAUGGAGCAGCUGAUCGAGCUAGCCAACUACCAGGUGCUGAGCCAGCAGCAGAAGAGCCGGGCUUUCUACCGGUGCCAGGCCACGCGGCUGAUGACGGGCGCCGGCAACAUCCUGAAGAAGCACGCGGCCGACCAGGCGCGCAAGGCCGUCAGCAUGCAGGAGGUGCGCAGCGACGCCGACGUCAACGACCCCAUCUCCAAGAUCUACUUCGACCCAGGCUCCUACCAGUGCCUGGAGAACUGCGGCACGGUGGCCGUGACGGUGGUGCGCCGCGGCGGCGACCUGGGCCAGACGGUGGCCGUGGACUUCCGCACCGAGGACGGCACCGCCAACGCCGGCUCCGACUACGAGUUCACCGAGGGCACGGUGGUGUUCAAGCCAACCGAAACGCAAAAGGAGAUCCGCGUGGGCAUCAUCGACGACGACAUCUUCGAGGAGGACGAGAACUUCCUCAUUCACCUGAGCAACGUGCGCGUCAUGCCCGAGGGCAGCGAGCCCGGCGCCGAGCCGACCGACGAGUGCACCCUGCCAGCCUUGGCCGCGUCCGCCGCCGCCGCCGCCAACCACCACUCCGAGGUCAUGGCCUGCGUCGGGGCGCCCUCCACGGCCACCGUCACCAUCUUUGACGACGACCACGCCGGCAUCUUUACGUUUGAGGAGCCCGUAACGCACGUGAGCGAGAGCGUGGGCAUUAUGGAGGUGAAGGUCCUGCGCACGUCUGGCGCCCGCGGCGUGGUCACGCUGCCAUACAAGACCCUCGAGGGCUCCGCGCGCGGCGGCGGAGAGGACUUCGAGGACAGCCACGGCAUCCUGGAGUUCCAGAACGACGAGAUCUUGAAGGUGCUAAAUGUGCGGGUGCUUGACCGAGAGGAGUAUAAUAAACAGUGCAGCUUCUACAUAGAGCUGCAGACACCACAGUGGAGGAGGAGAGGAUGGACAGCAGAGGAGACUGUGGAGACGGUGGAGCCGGGGGAGGCGGAGCCUCUGACGGGGGAGGAGGAGGAGGAGCGGCGUAUCGCAGAGAUGGGGCGGCCCAUGCUGGGGGACCACGUCAAGCUGGAGGUCAUCAUCGAGGAGUCCUAUGAGUUCAAGAAUACAGUGGACAAAUUGAUAAAGAAAACAAACCUGGCUCUGCUGGUGGGCACCAACAGCUGGAGAGACCAGUUCAUCGAAGCUAUCACAGUCAGCGCCGGCGAGGACGACGAUGAGGAGGAGUGCGGCGAGGAGAAGCUGCCCUCCUGCUUCGACUACGUCAUGCACUUCCUGACGGUCUUCUGGAAGGUUCUGUUUGCGUUCGUGCCGCCGACAGACUACUGGAACGGCUGGGCCUGCUUCGUGGUGUCCAUCUGCAUGAUCGGCCUGCUGACGGCGCUCAUCGGGGACCUGGCCUCGCACUUCGGAUGCACCGUCGGACUCAAGGACUCCGUCACCGCCGUGGUGUUCGUGGCGCUCGGGACGUCCGUGCCAGACACCUUCGCCAGCAAAGUGGCCGCCAUCCAGGACCAGUACGCGGACGCCUCCAUCGGCAACGUGACGGGCAGCAACGCGGUCAACGUGUUCCUGGGCAUCGGCGUGGCGUGGUCCAUCGCCGCCAUCUACCACUACUCCAAGGGCGAGGAGUUCCACGUGGACCCGGGCAACCUGGCCUUCUCCGUCACGCUCUUCACCAUCUUCGCCUUCAUCUGCGUCUUCGUGCUCAUGUACCGGCGCCGGCCCGACAUCGGCGGCGAGCUGGGCGGCCCGCGGACUGCCAAGGUGGUCACCACCUGCCUCUUCGUCAGCCUGUGGCUCCUCUACAUCCUCUUCAGCUCCCUGGAGGCCUAUUGUCACAUCGCUGGCUUCUAGAUCUAGAAUCCUGCACAUCGCAUCGCCGCCAUGGCAACGGCAGCGCAGCGGCGUGGCAACGGAAUGGAAUGGAGCGCCACGCCACCACCAACCGCCAUCACUACACACACACAUACACAUACAUACACGCGUGCGCGACGACAACAACAACAGCUGCAACACACAUGCGCCCACAUACAGUAUAACACGUACUCACACACACACACACACACACACACACACACACACACGUGCUGACACAAGGUACACGCAUACAUACAGAUGCAUAUGCGUACAUACAUACAAAGUACAAUACAUACAUACGUACAUACAUAGAUACAUACAGUACAUACACAAAUGAUGUGUACACCCAUUUGCACGCCACACACACAAAAACCCACAACACAUACGUAUCUGCAUACCUACAUGACACUAACGCAAAUGUACAUCCACAUGCAUAUACGUAUAUGAAAUGAAGGGACUGAUUAAAAUUGUACAUACAUUCAAAUACACACACAGACACAUGACAUGCAUCCAUUAAAAACAAAUGAAGAAGUCUACAAAUGUACACACAGAUCCCCACACCUGCUAGAUACAUACAUUAGCACAGCUGACACAGGACUGAUGUACAUAUACAUGCACACACACACACAGACAGACAGACAUGCACGCAACUUAAGAAGAACAGACAACACUAUGACAACAAAAAAGCGGACUUAUCGAAGGAGAUGAUGGAAGCAACAGCGGCAAUUUCUCUCUUUUUUUUGUCAUUGUCAUCCCUGUCCUUUGUUUUGACAUUUCUGAUCUGAUCAUGACCCCCCUCAUCACACAUCUUUCUCUUUUUUACCUGUACCCCCGCCCCCUUUACCGUCCCCAACCCAACCCUCCUCCCAAAAUGUUCUCCCCAUCUGUGUAUGGGUCAGACUCUGACUGAUUUUGCGGGGGGGAUGAUGGUUUGUGUGGAUGAAAUCUUGUUGUGACUGACAGACUGCUUGCACGUUCGAUUUCAUCCCCAAAAAAAAAUCAACCCUUUAUUACGAAAUUGAUCUGAAUAUACUGACCAAACUGCUAGAAAAAAAAGAAAAACAAACAAAAAAAAGAGGAGGAAAAGAAACAUCCUCCCCACGUUUUGAGAUCAGAGGAUGGUGACUUGGUGGGAUGGGAGGUUGACUUUUGUGAUCCUGCAGCUUGGGAUAGGGUUGUAAUGGCAUAGUCUACAGUGUCUCACUACCUUUGACCAGACUGUAAUUUUUGACGUCUGAGGUAUGCCUUUGGAGUCAAAAUGUGACUUAAUCCUCAAAGGCGCCCCCUUGUGGCAGCAUAACGUCAUUGAGGUUAGGUUUAGGGAUAGGUUUAGGUUAAGGCCACAUUGUCAACAUUGUGACGUAGAAGUUAUAUCCAAGAUGUCCAAAAUUGGAGUCUGGUCAAAGGUAGUCAGAAAUUGACUACUCGGGGUGAGACUGUGUGGGAUAGGGUUGUAUUGGUAUGGUAUAGUAGGUAAUGUAAUGUAAAGUUAUGGAGUCCAAGAAUCAGAACUCAACAUGGAUGAGGAGAUGAGAUUUGUUUUUGUUUUAAACACAGAGCUCUUGGUGUGCGUGUGCGUGUGCGUGUGUGCGUGUGUGCGCGUGCGCGCGUGCAUGCAUGCAUGUGUGAGUCUGUGUUGAUCUGCUGAUUGUAAAAACAGCUGAACGAUGUUGUUCAGGGUUUUGCCCUGACACUGGCUGGGAGCAGACUAGAGAAAGGUGUACUUAGAGGUCGGCAGAACUGAUAGCUGUGGCCUAGUGAUUAGGGAGGUGGUCUUCAGAUCUGAGGGUUACAGGUUCAAAUCCCACCCUUACCAGAGAUUCUUUAAGUAUAGAGAUAUGCCAACAUAAUAGGUUUCUAUGGGCACCUAAUGUGACCAGGUUCCAG